UAUUGAUUGGUGCCUCUGUGUAUCAAAUGACUAAUCAUUGUUCUUUUGUGCUUCUCCGACCACCUUAAUUGAUUGAAUUUAUGUGUGUGUAGUCGAAAUUGCCCGGCCUGUUAAAAGAGGUCAUAGCGCUCUCCUAUCUCGGAACUGAUAUUACGCUAUACUCUUACACAAGCGCUUCACGAUAGAUAUGCCACGAAUAGCCGAACUUCAAGGAUUGUAAAAACAGAAGAGGAAGCAAAAGGAAUAUUUCUUAAAAACACAUCAUGGGAUUUCAAAUUACGGAUAUUUAGUGACUAACAUGUAGUCAUUUCGAUUCUUGUUCAAUAAAGAGAGGAAACACGCUCCUGUAACGAAGGCUACUCCUUCAGAAGAAAAAAACAAACAGCCAGAAAACAUUUGUAUGCACUUUGUCAUAGACAGGACAAUACAUACCACGGUUUUUGAUGUACCAUUCGUGGGGUACUGGUUACAAUGGAGAAUACCCGAACCCAUCUUGGACGAUCGAUCCCACGGUCCAUCACAUACUAAAUCUAAAAUCAUGAGCGAAAAUGGCUGGAACAGAAUGUAUCUACUACCUACCGUGAAAGAUCGACUUUACGACCAAUGGGACUCCAAGCGAAUGUUCUACCAAUGAGAUACAAAAUUCGUCUCCCUUUCAAACUAACGUACUUAUAUUCCCGAAUCCAAUAAGUAAUCAUCAUUCUUUUGUGCUACUCUGACUACGCUAAUUGAUUAACUUUAUUUGUUCGUUGCGCCUAAUAUUUCGUCGACUGCUAUAAGCGGUUUAAAGAGCCGCUCUCAAGACGAGUCUAUCUAUUUUUUAGUGUACGUUAUGUUGAACACAUUACGUACGUGUACAUGUGUGUGUAUAUGCGGCCUAUAUUCUUGACGAGUGGAGUUUUAUCUAAAGUGCGCUGGGAAGGACAGAUCUACUAAAGUUCAUAUACGUAUAUAAGAGAUAACUGUCUCGGCUGUGUUAUCUGUAAAUACGGGAGUAAACAGCAAAAUGCCUGGGGCGACCUUUGACACAUGGAGAUGCAUCACCGGUCGUCGUGUCGUUGUAAGGUGAGGUCGUCGGUUUUCUGUGUCGUCGUCUACAUUGUCGCCUUCAACGUGCUGUGCCUGUACUACCUGACGAAGUCUGCGUCGCCGUGGAUGAGCCACCAUGGUCCGUUCUACUUCCCCGCCAACCGGUGGACGUGCAAGCCCGUCAGGGUGUCGCCACGCCCACUGACGCUUACCGCCCUGGCGAGCUUCCCGGGGUCGGGAAACACCUGGGUGAGACACCUGGUGCAGCAAGCCACAGGUAUUGCCACUGGCAGUCUUUAUAAUGACACCAGUCUGAGGUUACAAGGUUUUCCAGGAGAAGGCCAAGUAUCCAGACACGUGAUCUUUGUCAAGAGCCACGAGUGGGGAAAGCAGAUCCGCAGUAAAUUUGAGAAAGCCAUUCUGUUGGUGCGCGAACCAUAUGGAACCUUAUUAGCGGAGUUUAACAGACGUCAUGGCGGACAUAUGGGACAUGCAAGGAAAGAGGAUUUUGGAAAAGAAUGGUUUGGAUAUGUUCACAAAACAGCCGUUGCCUGGGUGGAGCACAACGUUGAUUGGCUGAAGUUCGAUGGCCCUCUAUACGUCAUGAACUAUUCCGAAUUAAGACGGAAUUCUACGGAGUGUAUUGAACAUCUGCUUCGGUUUUUAGACGUGAACGUUACUCACUCGGAUUUGACGUGCAUGGCUAAAAACUCACAAGGCUACUUCAAACGACUUACCUUCAAAAUGCUUGACUAUGACCCGUAUACUUCUGUUAUGAAGUAUUCGAUUUCCAAUUACAUUCGAAAUGUGUCCAAGGAAAUAGAAAAUUACUACAAGGGAAAGAUUAGAUAACCCAGACUAAAAUUUGGCUAGUGUUGCAACGUUUAGUCAUGUAGCCAGGACAUUUGUGGGAGGAAGUGUGUGUAUGUGUGCGCGCGCGCAUGUCUUUUUAAACUGGACUCACACAAAUUGGUCUGCAAAGUGCAACCACUGAUGUUAAAGGGACAGACCCUAGUUUCAGCCCAUGAAAAUGCACACUAAGUUUCGUUAAUCUACAAACCUGUAACACAUUUGGAUAAAGUUACAAGUGAGUGAAACAUGAUUCUGUGACUUUGAAAAUAGACUAAAACUCGACUCCAUAACCGAUACUUCUCAGACGCACGUGCGUUUUUAAAAAUAUGAUAAAUUCAUUUUCUGAUAUUAAAAACACCAGGAUGACCAAAACCAUUUUAAAUGUACGCAAAUUGAUAACCUAAACCAUAAAAUCCAAGUAAAGUAUGACUUCAGUUAUCAAAAACAGCUAUUAUAGUAAAAAAUAUGCCUUAGUGUUUAUAAACUAGGGUACGUCCCUUUAAGUUUUAAGAGCUAUUGGUCUUCCUCACUGGGGGCGGGACGUUGCCCAGUGGUAAAGUGCUCGCUUGAUGAGCGGUCGGUCUGGGAUCGAUCCCCGUUUAGGAAAAUAGUGGUCAAGCUUGACAUAAAAAAGAACACAAACAACAACAACAACAACAAAAACAAACAAACAAACACAACAAAAACAUGCAAAGAAAAAAACAUUUAAAGUACAUGCAUAUUAUAGGGUAUCAUUAUUAUUCCUAAAACUAAACACAAGAGAGCUAGACCGCAUUGAAUCUGCCUCGCUGCACAUUUACUUUUAAAGACUCAAAGGGAGAAAUGAUAACGGUCAAUAUUUUAUUAUCAUUUUCAUUGUUAGUCUUCCCAAGACAAUCCGUGCUAUUAACUUUAAAAGGUCCCCCUUCCUCCCCCAACUCUUAAACUGCUGUCUUCCAAUGUGACGUCACGAUUACACUUCCACUGCAUCUAACUGCAGACUCCGUAUAAGCAACUUCUUUUCAAUCAAAGAUCUCGAAUGCCAUGUUUGCUGAGAGCUGGCUUUAGUUUGCAGAUUAGACUGCUUCGUUCCAAGAACAUCUCUGCCGAUAUCACAGUCUUUGUAGUACAUAACCUCAGAUGUAAAGUAAUGAAGAAUGAACUCAAAUAUGAAUUUUAAAAAAAGUUUGAAAUAAUUUUAUAGCCUAAAGAUUUAAUCAUACGUUUGCUGUUGUGAUUCACUACAUUUUUUGUUUUGUUUAAUGAGGUUUUUAAAAAAAUGUUUGGGAUAUUAAAACUGAUAUUAUGAAAUUUGCCAAAUAUGCUUCUUGUAUCUCCACUUCCUACUUCCUGUGGCGAGAAGGAGUUUUCACCACUAUAGGAAAGGAAAGGAAAGACCUCAGUAUAUUUUAAAAUAUACUACGCUUACGGCUAUUAAAUGUUUGUGACCAA